CAGUGUUUCCAGUCUAGUCGUAGAGUUCUGUAUUGUCGGUGUGGUAUUGAUGCUGAUUAAAAUAUUGUCAGUUUGAUACUGAACAACUUCUAUCGUGUACGGUCGAUUUAACUUUGCUCUAUAAAAUCGUAUGAUUGGUUAUGUUCACUGAAUGUUAUACGGUGUGUUGUUGAGAAUAAUACGUUUCGUAAACGAAAAUUUUUGUUGAAUUAAUUUCGGUGAUGAACAUUUAAAUUGUUUGUAUUGUGGUGUCUUGAUAACAGCCAAUCUGAUACGACUUAUUCCAUCGUUAAAAGUGUUGGGUUGUAACGCGAUUCAAAUUGAAUUUAUACUUUUCAAGCGUAAAAACCGUUCUACGUGACAGGCUGUGAAAAAUUCGAAAACUGUUUAAAAAAAACGAUAGGAAAAAAACGUUUCUACAUUGAAUUUAUGUAUACAUGAGUCUAGUGUGUGUCUAUCUACCUUUUGCUUGUUACGAUUUUUGAUUAAAUAUAACUAAAAAAAAAGCUGAACAAUCACAUUGUGUGGCUUACAAAAUAUAUAUUUUCUGUGAAUUAUUAUCGUCAUCGUAACAAUAGAGUGCAAAUGGAUUGAACGUUGUAUAUUCGUGCGGUUUUAUUUAUUUGUGCAUUGGCAAUUGUGUGCUUAGAGACCCGUGAUUGCAUACAUACAACAAACUGAUUGGAUUUCCAUCAGUUUGAUAAAUAGAAUUGGAUUGUUGAAUAUCGGCUUAUCAUAGCGCGGUUUCGAUACAAAUAAAAACCGUAAUCAUUGAACGGAUUACAUCAAUUGAACCAGACAAAGUGACAUCCAAACGUGUCACUAUGCGAGAGAAGAAAGGUGGUGCACUGCAGAAGCUGAAAAAACGCUUAUCACAUAGUUUUGGCAGAUUAACGAUAUCACGAGAAGACGGCGAAGACUCCAACCAUCAUAAUCAUCAUCGUGGCCAUGGCAAUAACCAUAACAGCAAAGUUCCGUUUAACGGCUAUAACUCCGAAGAAUACUUAGAUCGAUUAGAACCAAAUGGUAAUAUUCCAGUCAAUAAAUCAGAUCUAGGAUAUAGCAAACAUUGGUCCGGUGCAAAUGACCAUGAACGAGUUCAGCGACAGUUAUCGGUGUCAUCUGACAGUAAAUUACUGGACGACGAUAUAAGAGAAGAAGCCCGGGUAAUUAUGCGUCCGAAAAAACCGCCUAGACCAAAGUCCGAAGUAUUUUUGAACAAACAAGACCUGCAUCCAAGACGGAAACGAUUUAGUGCUUUUGGGGGAGAUUCACCAUUCGGAAAGUCAGAUGCCUACAUUAAGCUAGAACAACUUGGUGAAGGUUCUUAUGCAACAGUAUACAGAGGAUAUAGCAAUUUAACAAAUCAAGUUGUUGCACUAAAAGAGAUUAGACUGCAAGAAGAGGAGGGUGCUCCAUUCACCGCAAUUCGUGAGGCCUCGCUACUAAAGGAACUGAAACACUCGAAUAUAGUUACAUUGCAUGAUAUUGUGCACACCCGUGAAACUUUAACGUUUGUUUUCGAAUAUGUGAACACAGACUUGUCACAGUACAUGGAAAGGCAUGGUGGUGGAUUAGAGCAUCGUAACGUUCGCUUAUUUUUAUUUCAAUUACUACGAGGUCUGUCGUAUUGCCAUAAGAGACGGGUGCUGCACCGUGAUGUGAAGCCCCAGAAUUUGCUUAUUAGUGAAUUAGGUGAAUUGAAACUUGCCGAUUUUGGUUUGGCAAGAGCCAAAAGUGUUCCAAGUCAUACAUACUCUCAUGAGGUUGUCACAUUGUGGUAUCGGCCACCAGAUGUCCUUCUGGGCAGCACCGAUUAUUCGACGUCUCUCGACAUGUGGGGUGUCGGUUGUAUAUUUGUGGAAAUGAUUACAGGAAUGCCAACUUUUCCCGGCAUACGGGAUACGUAUGAUCAAUUAGAUAAGAUUUUUAAGCUAUUGGGUACGCCGACAGAAGAUACAUGGCAAGGUGUAUCGCACUUACCAGGCUAUAAGCCAAACAAAUUAGGGUUUUAUCGUCCACGAAAAUUAGGCCAUAGUUUUCCUCGGCUGUAUGAUAUUGUCGAAGGUGAGGCAAUAGCUAGUUUAUUCCUGCAAUUAAAUCCCGAAGACCGAAUGGGUGCUGAAGAAGCAUUAAAUCAUCCGUACUUUGCUCCAUUACCGCGCAAAUUAUAUGAACUACCAGACGAAACAUCAAUAUUCACAGUAGAAGGUGUGUACUUGUACCCAGAACCGAAUCGCCCGAGCAAAUGAAAAUUAAAGCAAGGUUUGUCUUUGGAUGGAGUUCGUUAUUAUUGUUAACUACGAAAAAGUAAAAGAAAAAAAUAUUUUAAAAAUCUAAGAAAUGAAAACUAAAACUAAAAAUUAUUAGCAAAAUUUUCAAGAAAUAUUUGCCAUCCACUGAACACUAAAACCCAUGGUUACACAAUUUUGUGUAUGUAAAUCCCUGGUUCAUUAUUUUUUUUUGUUUUGUUUGUUUUAAAAAAAAUUUUAAUUAUAAAAAUUGUCAAAAGAAAUACAUUUUUUUAUUGAAUUUUUUUGCUCGUGUAAUUCAAACUUAGAUUCAUUUUUUUAAAUUAAUUUUAAUAUUUUUUUUUUAAAUGGAGUAAUUUGAUAGUAAUAUGAUGACUAGUGAAAAGGAUUUAUAGAGAAAGAAGGAAAAAUACGACGCAAGAAAGUAAAACAUUAAAAUCGAUUGAAAAAGUAAAUUAAUUAAAUCGAGAGACAGAGGAAGAGAGAGAUAGAGAGAGAGAGUAAAUUAUAAUUAUAUUAUUGCUCAUUUAUAUAAAAGAAAAAAAUGAUAACAUAAAAGGAGAAAAGUUAAAUUAGUAGACGUAAUCAAAAAAACAGAAAAAUAAAUUUAAAUUUAAAAUAAAAACAAAAAAAAUUAUUAAAAAGUGAUUUCACGACGAAGAGUAAAAACAGAAAAAAUUAAGAAAAAAAAAGAUUUUUAUAAAAAAUUGUUUUAUUGAAUUAAAAUAAUUUAAAACAGAUGAAGAAGAAAACUUUUAUAUUGAUGUAUAUUCGAUGGGUGGACAAGAAAACAGAUUAAAUCGCGAAAAUAUAAAAUCAACUCAAAAAAUAAAAUUUAAAUUGAAAAAGAAGAAGAAGAUGAAGAGAGAAAAAUAAAAACUAUAAAAGUGCCAUGAAAAAUAAGAAAUAAUUAAAAAAAAAAGAAAAGAAAUUAAUGAAAAUUUAAUUAGUCGUAGUGAACAUUUUUUUGAUUCGGCAUGCUAGAAACAAGGCCUAUUACUGAGUUUGUGACGAUAUAAAAUUAAAGGUACACAUGUUAGACUAACAAACAGAACGGAAAGUUAAACAUCCCGGUCAAUAAAUCAAUAAAUUCAUCAGACAUUUCCCGAAAAAAUAAAUAAAUUUCUACUGAGACUUGUCAAUGUAUCCAUUUUUGUUGUGUGACUCGUACUGCAACGACCUCGACUUAGGACCAGUAAAAAUUUAUAUUCGAAUUAAAUUCUAAAUAUAAAUUGUUGGAAAUUCUGUCAACUCAGUCCACUCAGUCAACAUUGUCGCUUCUCGAACUUCUUCGCCACACAAGGUUAACGACCAGAACCGCCACACUACUUGAUUUGUUCCACUUUUACCGAUUUUAUCGGACCAACUAACUGGGAACUCUGCGACUCAUGAAGUUAUAAGUAUUGAACUUGUACACGGCAGAGACCUUUACUAAAUGAUGCACAAGUAGAAUUUUGUGUUCAACGUUGUAAUUCAUUGAAUGCUCCGAUUGUUGACUAACUAGCCGCUCCGUAUGAUAGUUACUGUAUGCUGUCUGAGCAACGAAUGAUCUCAACAUUAGUCUUAUCGCUACUUAUUUAUACAGAAAUUUAAACUCUAUUUAAGAAUUAGAUGAGACAUGAGAAAGUGGCGAUAACCUUGAUGUGAUCGAAUUUGCGAUUAAUUCAAGUUAUGAUUCUGGUUAUCCUGGUUAUUCAUAAAAUGCGAAGAGCGCAGAAUUUCUUUAACCAUUAAGCACUCUGAUCUACUGUGACUUUGACGAACUUAAAUUAAUGGGCCGUUCAAAAUUACCAGUGACGUUCUUAUUAGUAAAAUCAAAAUACAAACAAGAAAACAAAAUCUGUGAAUUUUUGGUUGAUUUUUCCGUUUUUUCGUUACGCCUCAUUAUGUUGGUUUUUUAUCAUUUCUGUCGGACUCAUGCUUAUUCAGCCGAUAAACGAAAAUUUUUGUGUAUUCAUAAAAAUUUAUCCAUACCAUUUGCGGGGAUGUCUAAUAGACAUUGUCUAUCUCCGAUCAUUCGACAUUCAAUCGUUAAAGCGUUAAAAUGCAAUACAAAAAAUAGAAAUAAAAUUUAAAAAAAUAUUCCGAAGAAAACAAUCAACUUAAGUAUAGAUCGUAACAAAUUCGUAGCGUAAAAAACAAAUAAGGAAAAGAAAAUAGAAUUUAAAAUAAACAAAACAUCGAAAUUGCUUAAUAAUAUCGUCGAUAUGACAUUGCGAUUUUCUAAUACAACUUAAUCCUUUCCGAUUCAAUCGUACGGACACAUCUUUCUCGGUAAAAUUCGUCAUUUCAUCAUUUACGCAACCGACAUCAUUAACUGUAUUUUUCUACCACCCGCAAUUCUCUACGAGCAUUUAACAUUAAAAGAAACGUACCACUCAACAAAAGAAAGCCAAAAUACUUAAAAACGAUAAACAUUUGUAUAAGUAACAAAACACACCAUUUAACGUUAAACAAACAAAAAAAAUCUCUUUCCUCAGGGAUUGAUCGAACUCUUAAAAGUAGCAAAUUGUUUUUUAUAGAAUUAAGAUUCCGUAAAAUCGUCGUUAAAUGUGGAAACGAAAUCUCGAUAAAUGCAAUCGAUAAUUUCGCCACUCUGUUUUAGUUUGCUGGAAGAUUGGAUUGUAAAAUCAUUAAUCAAUUGAUUAAGGAAUGCAAUAUACCGGUGUUAGGUGACAAUGCCAAGUUCCAGUUUUCAGGCUUUCGCUAUCGAAAACUUCUUAUUCGAACUAUUGCUAAAGAACAUACGAUAAUCAGUACCGAUGGUAUCGUAGAGAAGGGAUUGAUAUCGCAUUCCAUUUUUGAUUGAUUGAUAAGCUCCAGUAAAUCACAAAAUAUAUCGUUUGCACCAUUAAUCGAAGGUAAAAUCAUUGAACCAUUGGUUAACAGAAAGAGAAAUUGAUUACCAAAUAUUAAAUCAAAAUCAACUUUCCCGUUACAAUUCUAAUUAAAUUGUACACCGAACUCUGUUUAAGAUCCGUAUCAAAAUAUAAUCUUUUAAUUCGCAACUCUUAAAAAUGUAGUAGAAAUUUAAAAAAUAAGCAGAAUUCACCAAGAUUUUUUUUUUUUAAUAUUUUGAGUUGCUUCUUCUUCUUUUUGUUUUCUUCACAUUCACUCGAAUUUUUAAUUAAAAAUUUUUAUUUUUGUCUUCGUCAGAUUUGCCAGUUUUAAUUCUUAAUCGUAUGAAACAAAAUGCCACAUCCUUUUCGGCGCUUAAAAGUUUUGAAUUAAUCUAAAAACAAAGGAAAAAAUCUUUUAUCGAUUAAAUGCAAUAAAAAACAUUAAAUUAACAAAAAAUAAAAACAAAUUUUAUUCACCUAAAUUAAAAGUUGAAAAAGAAAAGAAAAUUUAAAGAAAAAUUAAAAAAAAAACUUUGUAGCAAGCACUUUAAACAUAAAAUAAUGUGAUAUUUAAAAUGAAAAAAAAAAUCGAUUUUCAGUGAAAAAAGAAAAACACAAAUUUAAGUAAAACAAAGAAGAGAAGAAAAUUUUAUUAUAGAAAUCAAAAAUAAUAACAAAAAAUGUAGAACGUUUUACGUUUUAGUUUCCACUUUAUUAGUUUCCAAAAUGCAACAUAUUUUCAUGGCGAAACGAAUUUCUUCAUGAAAAC